AAAAAACAACACAUGAGAAUUAGCAGCCGCGCAAUUCCCUGAAUUCGGCCAACAUAUAUUUAAUUAAACUCCUCCGAGUCAAUUUGCUUCACUCAAACCUGUCCACCCCCAUGUCUUCUUGUUGAGCCCAAACCCAAAACUUCCCCCUUUUCUUCCUCUUCUUCUUCAUUCCUCUUCUGAAAUCUCUUCAAGAAAAAAAAAAAUCUUCCAGAAAAUGAGAAACAGCAACCAUUUGAUAGGUGUCAUAAACUUCCUGACAUUAUUAGCUUCAAUUCCCAUUCUUGGUGGAGGGAUAUGGCUGAGCAGCAGAGCCAACUCCACAGACUGCAUGAAAUUCCUUCAAUGGCCGCUCAUAGUCAUAGGUGUGUCAAUCAUGGCCGUCUCUCUGGCUGGAUUUGCUGGGGCUUGUUAUAGGAAUACUUUCCUCAUGUACCUUUACCUUUGGGCCAUGUUCUUCAUCAUUGCUGCCCUUAUUGGGUUUGUCAUCUUUGCCUUUUCUGUCACUGAUAAGGGUUCGGGUCGACCCGUUUUGGGCCGGCACUAUAUGGAGUAUUACCUCCAGGACUACUCUGGGUGGCUGGAGGAAAGGGUCACUAGUCAAAGCUACUGGACAAAGAUCAGUUCUUGUAUCAGGGAUUCAAAUACCUGUGGCAAGCUGAGAAGGUCUGUUUAUAACUAUCCUGAGACUGCUGAUAUGUUUUACCUCAGAUAUCUCAAUCCUAUUGAGUCUGGAUGUUGCAAGCCACCCACAGCCUGUGGCUAUAUAUAUGGGAACGAGACAUACUGGAACGUAGGAGCGGGAACCUUUGGAGCAGACCUAGAUUGCCAAAGAUGGAGCAAUGAUCAAGAACUGCUCUGCUAUAACUGUGACUCUUGCAAAGCGGGUAUACUAGCCAGCCUGAAGAAGAGCUGGAGGAAGGUUUCUGUAAUCAACAUCGUCAUCCUAAUCAUCUUGGUGAUCAUGUACGUGGUUGCUUGUGCAGCAUUUAGGCACGACAAACGUAUGGACAAUGACGAGCCUUAUGGUGAUGCCAGAAUGGACAAGGAACGACCCUCCAGGAUACAUUUUUAGGAGCCUUGAGACAAACUAAAGUUCAAAUAAUGUAUUUUAACGGCUUGGAUUGCCUCGGGCUUCUUUAUUAGAUGGAGUUGUAUUAGUUGAUAUGCCUUUGUAUUUUGAAACCGACUAAAAAGCGCUUAAAUGUUGUUCGUUUGGUGUGUUAUUAAUAUCGAUGUGAUUUACUUACCCAUAAGCAACUCUUCAGGAAAAUCUCAUCUGUAAGAAAUGUCAUUCUCUAUAAGCUGCAUAGAAAUCUUCACGGUUGGUGAUCUGUGGUCAUGAAGAUGAUGAAAUAAAGUAGACACACUUUACAGUUUUGGCCCUUUUGGGUGGUUCAUAUUGAAAAGAGGAUUGCUGUCUUACAAAUAUUCAAAUUAAAGAGCCC